UCCUUGUAUUAUUAAUAUCGUCAUUGAUUAUUAUUUUUAUAAUAAAUGUAUACAAAAAUAGUGUAUGUUCGAAAACGUAAGUUUGAACAAUUGGAUGUGCAUUAAUGAUUUUUGAAUUUUUCGCGCUAUUUUCAUUAUUCGAAAGAACAUAUUGAUAUAGCCAAUCAGCGCGCGUCACUACCAUGCAAUGUCAAAUUGUCUUUUGAUUUGAUGUGUAACAUUGUGCGGUGUGAGUAUGCAUUAAUGUUGUUCCUUAUUAUAAUUAAACAAUUCAUUAUUUUCGAUGUUUAUAUCGGAGUGAAUAAAAGGAAUAUUGUUUACUCGUUUAAUAGUACAUUUGUUGAUAUGUAAAUUGUUGUUACAAAUAAUGAUAGUUAAUGUCUAUUGAUUUUGAUUGAUGCAGACAUCAUGAGAGACAAUGGAAUUGCUUUUAUUUGUAUUUAUUUUUUUAGAUUACUAUAGUAACUUAAAAAUUUAUAAUUUUUUAAAUAUUAGUAAUAGUAGUGUUAUAUAAUGUUGCAGUGUUAUAGGUUAUAAAGUUAUUUGUGUAAAAUUUCAAGAAAGAGUCCUUGGUAUGUGUAUAUUUCACAAUGAGUAGCGGUACACUAAAUUCCAAGGCAGAAAAAUAUUUUUAUAGUUUAAGUCCUUUGGCUCAACGUAUUGGCGAAGACAUAACUGUGACAAAGGAAGCUUACGAAGGUCUUUGGAAUACUUUGAGUAUUUCAGAAAGGAAUCAGGCAAUUAAUGAAACUAUCAUUCGACCCGAGGUAGCUUUGCAGUAUGCUGUUAAAGAAGUUGAAAUUUCAAAGGAGUUACCCGAUUGGUAUCCAAAACUUCGUAUUCAAACUGGUAUGAAAUAUGUUAUCGAUGAAACAGGAUCUACAUUAAAAUGGCGAGACGAACACUCUGCACCAUUUUCAUUUAUGACUCAAUCUCAAAUGAAUUUAAAUUUAAUAGAUCCCAACGAAGAUUUAACAUCCAAAUGUCUUAGAUCACAUUUUGGAGAAUCUCCGCAUUUUUCAAGUCCCAUUAAAUCUCAAAGAAAUAAUUCUAAUUCCAUAACCGAUAAUUAUAAUUCUAAUCAAACUAAUCGUUACCACCAAUCCGAGUGUUAUUCCAAAAGUUUGUUCGAAGAUGAACCGUGUGGCAAUUUACGAAACAGCGACAUAGAUACUGAACACUCUGAGAGUAUAUUUGCUAAGUUAAUUAAUAAAACUUCUUUAUUAAAAUUACAAAAUAAUUUGGAAGACGAUAUGGAAAGUUUGGUACAUGAUAGGGAUUCAGAUAAAAGUCAAUCCAAUACAAUGGUUGCUGUUUCGCGAACAAAGUCAAGCGAUAUUAAUGAAUCGACUGCUCUCUUAGAAACACCUAGCUCUUACAGUAGUUUUCAGUCUUCUCAAUUAAAUCACGAUGAGGAGGAAAGAUGUAUACCAAAGACUGGAUUUGAAUUUUUAGAUAAUUGGUAGGUAGAUUUAUUUUGAUCAUUUUUAUGCUUACUUAUUGCUAGUUCAAAAUCAAAGUAUUCCUAUAAUUAUUUAACUUAAGACUGUUUUAUAUAUAUAUACAUAUAUUACAAUAUGUACAUGUAAUUUAGUAUUAACGACAAAUACUCCAUACAUUUUAUCUCCUCAAUUAAUUUUAUUAUAUAGAUUGUAUAUUUGAUAAAUUAGAUUAUUAUUAUCAUCAUCCAUACCAGGGCUUUUUAAACUUGUUUACUCCAUACUAUGUUUUUUUUUCGUUAUCAUAAACUUAUACAAAUACUAUAUGUGCAUAGUAUUGCCAAAUUAGUUUUGAAUUAAUUUAGUUAUGUGAUCCUAUACUGUGUUGUGGUCUACACUUUAAAAAGCUCUGAUUUAUACAUAUCGUUUAUCAUUAGUAUUGUGUGUAUUUAAUGCAUAUAGGUAUAAAAUAAAUAAUGCAAUGAUAUACUUCAUUGCUAAGUGUUAUAAAACAUUAUACAAGAUUAUGUUUAAUUAAUCUAAUAUAAUACAU